AUGCCCACCAAAUACCGGAUCUACCUACCUAUCUACGAGGGCUUCUUCUCCAUAGUCCUGAUGGCCCUCGUAGAUUCGGACUUUAAAUGUAUUUGGCUUGAUGUUGGGCCAGAUGGAGCAGCUUCUGACGUACAAAUAUACAACGAGUGUGAGCUGAAAGAAGUCCUGCAGAACAAAACCAUUGGCUUUCCUGAUCCUGAGCCACUUCCUAGAGUUGAUAGAAAUAUGCCAUACUUCUUUGUUGCUAAUAAUGCCUUUCAACUGAAAACUGACAUGAUAAAGCCUUUCCCUUUCCGUAACAUGACAGUAGAAGAAAGGAUCUUUAACUACAGGCUGUCAAGAGCACGCAGAGUUGUUGAAAAUGCGUUUGGCAUUUUGGCUCAGAGAUUUCAAAUACUGUUGUUAACCAUGCAGCACACUCCUGACAAUGUGAGAAUCAUCGUACAGGCUUGUAUCUGUCUCCACAACUUAAUGAGAAUACGCUACCCAAACAUGAACAUUAACCAGGUUGAUCGUGAAGAUGUCGAGGACGCAAGGAUCGUACCCAGAGAAUGA